AGGAGGAGGAGGAGGAGAAAACUCCCGGUCCGCUCUUCGUCCUCUCAGCUCCCUCUCGCCGUCAGUCCUAUAAGCAGUCGGGUUCAACCGGACGGAGUGCCCGGGGCCGUGGGUUUAUUUUCCCCCGGGAAUCGGAACAGGACACCGACGAACUAUCCCAGAAGAUGUUCCUCUCUCUGCUCCUACCUGUCGUGGCUCUCUUGCUGAGCGGAGAAACGGCGGUCUCCGGUGACAGUAACGACAAAUGGCUGAGCACCGUGGCUCAGUUCAACAAGGACAGAUCCUGGAACAGAUUCAGAGACGAAGUGGAGGAUGACUACUUCAAGAGUUGGGCUCCUGCCAAGUCUGCAGACCAAGAGCGAGAGGCCCGACCUGGUAGAAAUGGAGACCCAGGAAGUAAAGCCCACCCUGGCUUGACCAAGAAGACAGUGAAGGAUGGCCCAGACGCCACCAAGGAUCCCUGUCUGAAGGUGCAAUGUCCUCCUCACAAGGUUUGUGUCAGCCGUGACUACCAGACAGCCAUCUGCACCAAUCACAAGCAGCCAGCUCACAGUGUGAAACCAAGAAAAGGCAGCGCAGGCCACAAGCGCAGGCUUGAAGCUGGUGCUCAUGGGAAAUGUAGGCUCUGCUCGGCCCUGCAAUCAACUCCAGUGUGUGGAUCUGAUGGACACACCUACUCUUCCAAGUGUAAGUUGGAGUUCCAGAGCUGCCUCUCUGGGAAGACAAUCUCAGUAAAAUGUGAUGGGCUGUGUCCAUGUUUGCCGGGUCAGGAGCUCAUAAAUCCAACACACAAGAGUGAGAAGGCUGCCUGCACUGACACAGAGCUUCACAGUCUGGCUGCCAGACUGAAGGACUGGUUCGGAGUUCUCCACCUCGAUGCCAACAGAGAUCUCAAAUCCUCUGACAGCUUCGAUUCUGCCACUGGACACUUUGACACCAGCAUCUUGCCGAUCUGUAAGGACUCACUGGGCUGGAUGUUCAACAAGCUGGACAUGAACUUCGACCUCCUGCUGGACCAAUCAGAGCUGAGCGCUAUCUACCUGGACAAGUAUGAGCUGUGCAUGAAGCCCCUCUUCAACUCGUGCGACUCCUUCAAGGACGGCAAGCUGUCAAACAACGAGUGGUGUUACUGCUUCCAGAAACCUGAGGGUCUGCCUUGCCAAACUGAAAAGAGCAGGAUCCAGAAUCAGAGUCGAAGGAAGAGCCUCAUAGGCUCUUAUAUUCCUCGCUGUACCGAGGAGGGCUACUUCAAACCAACCCAGUGCCAUGGCAGCACCGGUCAGUGUUGGUGUGUGGACAAAUAUGGCAACGAGAUCGCUGGCUCCAGAAAACAGGGCAACCCCAACUGCGACGAGGACCAGGAGACAUCAGGGGAUUUUGGCAGUGGCGGAGCAGUCAUCCUCCUCGACGACCAGGAGGAGGAGCCAUCACCGAGUGCUCGGAGCCGGCAGAAGAAGAGACGGGGCCGCAUCCACCCCAGAGGCGCCAUCUGGGACGACGAGGACGAGGAAGACGACAAGGAUGACGAGGUUGGCUACGUUUGGUAGCUCCGCUUCAUUUUACUCUGCCAUCAGCCCGACCAGGAAACUCCGUUAACUCAGCACAGAUCUGAAGCCAUUCCAAUGUCUCCUCCUCCUCCUCCUGUUACCUUGGCAGCAGUCCAUCGUUUGGCUCCUGAACUUGCUCCUUUAAUGCCCAUCCCUUAUUCAAAUCUCUCUCUUGGGUGAAACUCAUCCAACCUCUUCCUUUUCAAGUGUUUCCUCAGACAGAAAACAGAGAGCCUAUUAGAUUUCAUCAACAACUGUCAAGCCCUGUGUUAGAUUCUGUCCACGUUCUGCUUCUACCUUCCCCCAGACCCGUCAUCUUUAACCUCUUCUAACAAGGACUCUUCUCUGUUCUCUCUAUUACUCUCUCUAUCUCCUUUAACCUCUUCUAUCGCUCCUCCUUCUAUCUCUGUAUGCCCAUGUCAGGGCCUCUGGUCAGUCUGUGAGGCCACAUAUAUCAGCUGAUGUAUUGGAUGUAAAUAUGUUUCCUCCAGGAAAGGCCAGAAGGGGGAUUUCUUUCCCUGCUCCCCCAACAGCAGUCCAUUCUUCUCGAGUGUUCAUUAAUGUUUCCACAAUUCAAUGCCUCCCCCCCCCCAUCUCUCCCCCUCUGUUAUUUCAUGGAGGAUUGUAAAUUAUUUAAUCGUUGAUCCUGAAUGUCCAAGAAAGCCCGGGAAGCAAUGAGAUUAAUGAUGUAUUGUCGUUGUUGUUGCAUGUUCCUCAUCGUGUUUCUGUAAAAGAGAGAUUCCCUGGCCAGGUCUAGCUCUAUGCAUCUCAAACAGAAAGUGAUGCCUCUUUGGCUGCUACAAUACUUUGUUGCUAUGUUGAUGCUGUCUAGUGUCUCUUUGGUUCUUCUCCCAAUCUCAGGAGGUAGGAAGUUGCAUUGCAGAGGGAUAGCGGCGUAGAAAAAGCGAACUGCAAGGCCUACAGUCCAAAAUCUGCAGCAUCUCAGCCAUCUAUACUUUUACUGAGCGGUCAGUUGGGGCUGCUGAGGCUGUUUGACUGUGCAUGGACACUAGAGG